AUGGAGCUCGAGCACUUGGCAGACGAUGAGCUGGACUUUGAGUGGAGGAUACGAGGAUUAAAGGAGACAAAAGGACAGGACAAAUUAGGAAAACUAACACGGCUGCGUCAAGUUUUGAAAAACAAGUCGGUUUCCUUGCCGACAACUUCUAGUCACAUUAUGUCCGACGUAGAUAAUAUUUACCAAUGCCAAGCAAGGUUACAAAAUAUUCUGUUAAACGUCGAAAUGGCCAUCAGGCAAAACAAUGCAGAACAAUUGAAGAUGUGCCGAUCGAGAUUAAUGCACUAUCAGCUUCGUCUCUCCCUAAUUACCGAUAGCUUGAUCGUAGCAAAUGCAAACAAAUCGUUGGCUAAAAUCAAGCAAACGUUAGCAAGAAUUCAAGACUUUUUGAUGAAUCAGCCAACCACAAACUCAGAGGUAAAAGGCGAUGCGGGUGACGUUGCGGGUGACGCGGAAACGUUACAAAAACUGGAGAAUCCUCAACUGCAAUCAAGUAUGAAGGAAUCCCAACAAACGAAGGAACAGAUUCAAAAUCAGGAGCCACCGCAGCAGCAAACGGCAGAACAAAUUCUGAUGCAGCAACAGCGUGAGGCAAACCAACAGCUUCAGCAUCAACUCGAAGACGAAAGGCGAAAACUGCACCAAUUGCAGUUGCAAUUGCAACAAGAGCAACAGUUGCUCUCACGGCAACAGCAACAACAGCACGAUAGUCAUCAGUGGGAACAGUGGCAGAAUCAACAGGAGCAGAUGCAUCAACAGCAAGUACAACAGUUGCAACUGCAGCAACAGGAGCUGCAGCAUCUUUUGCAACAAGAAAGAGCAAAGCGGCAACAGCUGGAAAACCAGAUGGGACAUCUACAACAACAGCAGCAAAAUUUCAGUCAGCAACAGGAACCAGGGCUAUUGCAUUCAAUUCCAGGAGUAGAUCAGCUACCUCAUGAUCUCAGGAAUGAUUUUAUGCGUUUCUUGCGAACACAACAUAGACCAAACACACCACGCUCUAGUGGACAAGCACAAAGUUCGGAUAGGUUUACACAACCAGUACACAAAUGGCCUUUCGAAUAUGCGGGUCAACCCAAUAUCAUACAAUUGGGCGAAUUCCUAAACCAAGUAAACACAUACGCGGACACCGAAGGAAUUGAGGAGCAAACCCUCCUGCGUUCUAUCAAGCAUUUGCUGAAGGGGAGAGCUCUUCAAUGGUACACACGAUCUUACUUGCACCUAACCAAUUGGGAGGUGUUCAAAUCGGAAAUUAAACAGGAAUUUCUACCACCAAAUUAUUCCGAGAUCAUCAAGCAAGACUUAUAUCUGCGGUUUCAAGGCCCAAACGAAUCAUUCACCACGUUUUACAGGGACCUAGUAGCCGCCUUCGAAAUUGUAGAGCCAGCAAUUUCAGAGACAGAAAGACUAUUUAUCGUAAAAUCUCACCUAAAUUCAGACUACACCCCCAUAGCAGCAGCCUCCAGAGUUAGCACAGUUAGAGAAUUGGUCACAGUCUGUAAAGACUUCGAAGUGUCGCGAUCUUACUCCAUGCGAGGUAGAUCUGCUACAACUUAUCGUUCACUUUGGAACAAACCAGAACAGCGUCCGGGGACAAACAGGAUGGACAUUCCUAACCGGCCAUCGUUCAACCGGCAACCGCAUUACACAGCACAAAUCAACUCAAUGGAACUCAGCUCGGAACUAGAAGAAAAUUUGAGCCCGCAGGACAUUCUAGAACGCGAAAUGCUUCAACACGAUAUUGCUCUACGUAAUGAGGUAGAUUCUAACAAUGUGGAGGAAGUGAACGCACUGCGUUUACAGAAUAACUCUAGAGAAAGGCCCGCAAUGAAUCCACAUCCACCAACUAGUGGAGAGCAACGUACAAGGGAAUGGACACCAAGCAUCAUAUGUUGGCAGUGUGAAAAACCUGGUCACACUUAUCCAAAUUGUCCCAACCCGAAACAUUACCUUUUCUGCUACAGUUGUGGAAGAAAAGGUUGCACUACUCGCAAUUGCGAAGCAUGUAUCUCGAGAUGGAGACAGCUAGAUUCGACAAAUGGUCCGCAGCAUCCGGGAAACCGCAGUUGGGAGAACCCUCAAUGA